CUCCACCCGCCCUGGACGCGGUGGGAGGGUCACUGGAAGCCUCCUGCCCUGUCCCGUCCCGUCCCAAGCAACCGGCGGCAGCACAGGGGCAUCGUGUCCACGGGGUCUGGACGGAGGCGCGGGGGCCGAGGGGCAGCUCUGCCUUCCUCCCCAGGCCAGGCUGGUGGCUUCUCAGCGUUCCCGGCUGGGACGUCCGCCAGUGAUCCGGGCCAGGCUCCAGCUCCAAGCCCGGGAGGAGACGCCCCUCACACUCCCGACGGAGCAGACUUUCAGCUGCCCGUCCGGGAACAUGUCCCUCUCCCGGGGCAGGCGAAGGUAGGAGGCGGUGUGGCCGGCCCGUGGGACUCUGCACCAUGAGGACACUGCUGCCCGCCUGCCGUGGGGACGCCUGGCUGCUGCUCCUCUGCUGUGUGUGUCAGGUACCGCGCCGGCCGGGGCAGUGGCUGUGGGCGGCAUCUGCGCCCUCCCCGCUCACGCUGUCGCCUUCCACGCAGGGGCAUGGAGCCCAGCCCGGGGCCCAGGACCACCCAGGAUUUGCGGUCCUGGCCUCUGCUUCCCAUUACUGGCCGCUGGAGCCCGUGGAGGGGAUCCAUGAACUUCAGGACGCGACUGGAGCACUGCGAGCUCGCAACCUCACUGUGCUCCCUCCCCACACCUCCACCUUUGUGCCCACCAGGGACUCUGCCUACUCCAAUCUCUCUGCGACCGUAGACCUCAUGGAAGCCAAGGUCAACAAGAGCAUUUACCUCAGGGAGGAGAAGGGGGUGACGCUGCUCCUCUACAACAAUGCCUCCUGCAUCAGCAACCUCUCGCGCUGCGGCCCCGAGGGUGUCACCUUUUCCUUUUUCUGGAAGAUCCAGGGAGUGCAAUCCCGGCCCGCCCCUUCCACGUACGAGGGACAGGUCAUCUCCGACGGCUUCAAGGUCUGUUCCAGUGGCAGCUGGGGCUCUGUGGAGCUGCACACACGUGACAACUUCAUGACAUGGGAGGCCGCCUUCAGCCCUCUGGGUCCCUACUGGACUCAUGUCCUGUUCACAUGGAAAUCCAAGGAGGGCCUGAAAGUCUACGUCAAUGGGACCCUGAGCACCUCUGACUCCCGCGGGAAAGUGUCGCAUGAUUACGGGGAGUCCAGUGCUAACCUCGUGAUAGGGUCGGAGCAGGACCAGACCAAGUGCUCUGAGAACAGUGCUUUCGAUGAAUUCAUCUUCUGGGAGCGGGCGCUGACCCCAGUGGAGAUCCAGAUGUACUUUGAGGCUGCCAUGGGAAAGCAUGGUUUGCUGUCUUCCCCACUGCCGAGCCUCACGGCGCCGACGGCCAACGCCAUGAUGCCCACAGAUGCCUACCAUCCCGUCAUAGCCAGCCUGACAGAGGAGAGGAAGAACUUCUCACAGCCCGGAGAGGCUCUGAGCUACCUCCAGAAUGUGUCCCUCCGCUUGCCCAACAAGUCUCUCUCGGAGGAAACAGCGCGGAACCUCACUGAGACCUUCCUGUGGACCGUGGGCGAGGUGUUACAGCUGCCCAGCUGGACGGUGGCGUCAGAGGACAAGACCCUGGUGCCUGGCCUCAUUGACACCAUCGACGUCGUCCUGGGCCACGUGUCCUUCAAGCUGCACAGCAGCAGGCCCCAGGUCACCCUCACAGGCUCUUCCCCCGUGGCAGACUUCUCUGUGGCCAAGCUCCUCCCGAGGUCCCUGAGCGCAGCUCGCUACCGCUUCCCUGCCCACGGGGACAGCUACAUCGAGAUCCCCGGCGAGGCCCUCCGUGGCCCAGCCUGGACCUCCAUCGUGGGCCUGCUGUACCGCUCCAUGCACCACUACGUGACCAACAUUCCCCCGGCCAGCACCAUGAUUCCUGUGGCGGCCAGCUGCAGAGACGGCCUGCUGUCGGCAGCCAGCCCUCUCAUCUCGCUGGAGGUGCGCCCCCCACCCGCGCUGUCCCGCAACCUCUCGGGGUACCCCCUGGUCACCGUGCACCUCAGGCACAGACUGACUCGGAAGCAGUACAUCGAUGCCACCAAUGCCAGCAACCAAGUCUCCCUGUACUGCGCCUUCCUGGACUUCAGCUCCGGGAAAGGCGUGUGGUCGAGCCAGGGCUGUGCGCUCAGGGAAGGAAAUCUGUCCCACUCCACCUGCCGCUGCACACACCUCACUAACUUCGCCAUCCUGAUGCAGGUGGUCCCGCUGGAGCUCCCGCGCGGACACCAGGUGGCGCUGUCCUCCAUCAGUUACGUCGGCUGUGCGCUGUCCGUGCUCUGCCUGGCCGCCACGCUGGUCACCUUCGCCGUGCUGUCCUCCGUCAGCACCAUCCGGAACCAGCGCUACCACAUCCAUGCCAACCUGUCCUGCGCCGUCCUGGUGGCCCAGGUGCUCCUGCUUGUCAGCUUCCACAUGGAGCCGGGCACGGUCCCCUGCCAGGUGCUGGCCACGCUUCUGCACUACUUCUUCCUGAGCGCCUUCGCCUGGAUGCUGGUGGAGGGGCUGCACCUGUACAGCAUGGUGAUCACGGUGUUCGGCUCGGAGGGCAGCAAGCACCUCUACUACUACGGCAUCGGAUGGGGCUUCCCCCUGGUCAUCUGUGUCGUCUCCAUCUCCUUCGCCAUGGACAGCUACGGGACCAGCAACAACUGCUGGCUCUCGCUGGGGACGGGCGCCAUCUGGGCCUUCGUGGGCCCUGCCCUGCUGGUCAUCGUGGUCAACAUCGGCAUCCUCGUCGCGGUCACCAGGGUCAUCUCCCAGAUCAGCGCUGACAGCUACAAGAUUCACGGGGACCCCAGCGCCUUCAAGCUGACAGCCAAAGCCGUCGCCGUGCUGCUGCCCAUCCUGGGGACCUCGUGGGCCUUCGGCGUGCUGGCUGUCAAUGACCAGGCCCUGGUCUUCCAGUACAUGUUCGCUGUGCUCAACUCCCUGCAGGGUGGCUUCAUCUUCCUCUUCCACUGUCUCCUGAACUCCGAGGUGAGAGCCGCCUUCAAGCAUAAGACCAAGGUCUGGUCCCUCACCAGCAGCACGGCCCGCAACGCCAGCGGGAAGCCCUGCAGCUCGGAUGUCAUGAACGGGACCCGCCCGGGCACGGCCUCCGCCAGGCUCGGCCACUGGGACAAGAGCAGCCACUCCGCCCAGCGUGUGGACCUGUCCGCCGUGUAGAGGGGUGUGGCCAGUGUGGCGCUCCAAGCCAGUGCACACUCACAUGACCCUCUCCUGCCUGCUGUCACACAGUCCUGGGCCCCUGGGGCUGCAGGCGACACCCAGGCUGGCAUGGCCAGCGACAGUGUGGCCCUCCUGUCCUGGGUGUGCCGGCCACCACAAUGCUAGACUACGCUGCCCUCCAUGCCCGUGUGCAGAGCUCAGGCCCAUGAGGCAGUGGCACAUGAAGUCCGCGUCUCCAGCCUGAGACCAGCCUCUGUCCAUACUGGGUGCUGGGCUGGACUCUCGGCCGCCUGGGACCGGACACCAGCCCUGUGUUUAGGGCCAGCGCUGCCUCCUUGUGAAAACCACUGUCCGAGGCCUGGGCUUCAGGCUUCAUAGGCGCCUAGGAGGGCGGCGCCUCGGCCCGCGUCCUACGUGCACUGCCUCUCCAGACUGAGGUCGCCUAGGUCACCUCCAAGCACAAGCUGGCGCUGUCCUUCUGGCCACCCACAGCUCGCGGCCUCCUGUGCAUUUUCCUGAGCCGGACUACCGGUUAGCGAGCCUGGCCGCCCACAUAACUGCUUCCCUGUCCCUGGAAGAUGCGGUUCCUGGAGGGAAAGGCUGGCCCCCUGCCUGCCUCGUGGAGACCCGGGGUGCAGCUGUGUGGGAAGGGAGGCCGCUGUCCUCUGUGUUGGACGCAGACUCAGCCCUGGGGAAGCCAAAGCUGGGACGGCUUUCGUGGGCGAGCUCAUGCCCACUGCCGUGGGUCCUGCAGAGCGGUCUGAUGGCGCUCGGCGGCCCUGGCUGGAGCAGGGCAGGCGCAUCGAGGUGUGCCCCACCAGCAUCCAUCCUGGAGACCCCGCUUUACACUGUGACCCCGACUUCACUGUGCCCCUCUCACCACGCCUGCUUUGCUCCCCAGUGAAUUUUUGUAGUUCUGUGGACACUUUCCGCCUCCACCAUCUGGUGGCCUUUUAAAAGAAAUAAAUUACUUUUUUUGGUGAUGGGUGACGGUACGCAAGCGCCUGCCCUGAGCUGCACAGCUGCGGCCCUGAUCUCAGGGGGCGGCCAGCCUGGAUGGGCCUCUCCACGCGGGCGGGGCACAGCGAUGGCACCGCAGGGUCAGCCUCUGGCCUUCUGGCCACUGUGUGACCGAGCCUUCGCCUGCCCCGCACACUGGCCGAGGCCACUGCGAGACACUGUGUCUGGGCCAGCCCUGCUCUCAGCAGUCACACUCAGGCCUCCUGGGUCCCCAGGUCACCCCUCAGCCCCACCGGCGCCUGGGAGUGAGCAGCCUAGCAGCCAGUCCUGGGGGCACCUUGCUGUAGGCGGAGCUCCUCAUUUUCCGGCCCUCUCUACUCGUCCUACGUAGCCCAUGCAUCACCCAGCAACGAGAAAACCUGUCCAAGCCUUUCGUUUCUGCGAAGGGCAGCCGUGCACUUUAUUUAUGGGCUAUAAAUUGUGGCUUCUGCGGUACUUUGUUAUCUACACUAAUUUGCCCAGAAAUGAGAAAUCGGAAGGAAUGGUGUGUUUAAAGUAGUUUAUGGCACGGGAAAGAUGACGGAUGCCGCUCAGUGGGGAGAACACGCUGUGAUUUUUUAAGAAAUAAAAACUCAGAGUUCUUAAAUAAA